CUCAACACCAGAGCCAGCGGGUAAAGUUUGGAUUUUUUGGAGGAGUCAUGGUGGCCGAAAGGACCAAUAUUAUAACUAAGGUUGCAGAGGAUGGAACCCAAGCCUUCGGCAGCCGGCAACAUGUGAGCAGGUAGGGUAGGACACACCGCUCCGUUGGGUCUUCUCCCUUGAUAGAGCUCUGAAAGCUCGUUCAAUCCAAGCAGUCCAGGCUCACUUCCCAGAGAUUCAUGCUCCUCGUGAAGCCUGUGAUUCUUCCCAUCACCUUUCGACCAUGAGGUUUUAUUCCACUCGCAACCCGAGGGCAUCCCUCCUCCUCCUUCUGCUCUCCUCCGCCCUUACAACAACCCUCGCCGCCUCGACGCCCACCACCGUCUUCACCCUCCCUGGACCGGUGGCGGCCCAAUCCUGGUUCGAGAACCUCGCGGUCCGCCCCAACGGACUGAUCCUCGCCACGCGCGGCGAUGCCCCGGAGAUCUGGCAAAUCGACCCGGCCACGGGCGCGGGAGCCUUGCUCGUCACCGUCCCAGACACCUUCAACCUGACCGGCAUCGCCGAGGUAACCCCGCCGGCACCAUCCGCCGCCUGCACGAAGCAGCGGCGCGCACGACAAGCCAGCGCCGUCGCCGCGGUCGGCGCCAAGCCCAAGAAGAACUGCCCCGGCAAGGAAAGCUACGUCUUCGGCAGCUCGACCAUCCCCGCGCCGCUGCAAGUCGAGCCGGGCAGCGCCAAGGUCUGGACGCUCACCUUCCACGUCGACGCCGACGACAACGACGACAGGCCAACGGUCUCCCUGCUCGCCGCCCUGCCCAACGCAGGUUUCAUCAACGGCAUCACCGCCUUCGGCCCGCGCCGCGACCGCGUGCUGCUCGCCGACACCCAGGCCGAGGCCGUCUACCUCCUGGACGUGGCCUCGGGGGCUUACACCACGCCGCUGACGGGCAUGACGGGCAUCAACGGCAUCCACUUCCUGCUUGCCCCGGGAUCGGGAUCGGGGUCUAGUAGUAGUAGUAGUAGUAGUAGUAGUAGUAGUAGUAGUAGUAGUAGUAGUGGGAGUAGUGGGUUAGGGUACCUGUACUGGGCGAACCACGCCGACCCGGCGGCAAGCCUCAGCCGGAUGCCGCUUGACGCGAGCACGGGCGUGGCCGUGGGGCCGGCGGAGGUGUUGGCGGCGAAUACGUCGAUUGAUGACUUUGCUGUUGCGGUGAAUGGGAGUAGUGGGAAGGGGGAGAAGGCGUAUAUUGCGGCGCAGUAUGAGAAUAAGGUGGUCGAGGUCAGCUUUGGACCGGCGGCGGCGCCCUCUCAGUCCGGACCGUCCCCGGGGACCAUGAGGGUUGUUGCGGAUGACUUGAGUGGCACGGGGUAUGGGUUUGUUAGUGUGGUUGUGUUUGGGAGACGGAAGGAGGAUAGGGGGUUGCUCUAUGCCGCUGUGGGACAGGGUGGGGGGAAUGCGAAGAUUGUCGUGCUUGAUCCGAGUGUGUGAGGGUGGGAGGUUAGGUUAGCUUAGGGGUAACGGGGGUGAGAUUAGGGUUAUAGAGUUGCUGUUGUUGUCAGUGAAGGUGAUAUAGAUCAAUGGCUUCUGGUUCAAUAGCCAGCUUCGUGGUGUCGUCAGGCAGAGGUAGUUUAUUGGUAUAGAGGCUCGGGGUAGAUAGAUGCUGUAGGGGAUGAAGGGUUAAUCCAUCCGCGAUCACUCG